AUGACUACAGUGAAAAUAACUGAAAGUUUGUUUGGUAUCACAAAAAAUCAAAAUGAAAUAAAAAAAUAUACACUUUCAACAUCAGAUGGUUUUGAAGUUGCUUUAAUUAAUUAUGGUGCAAUUAUUCAAUCCAUUCGACAACCUGAUAAACACAAUCAAAUUACGGAAAUUACACUUGGUUAUGAUAAUCUUCAAGAAUAUGUUGAUGAUAAAUAUUUUUUUGGUUGUACAGUUGGUCGAGUAACAAAUCGUAUAAAAAAUGGUCGUUUUGAAUUAGAUGGAACUACUUAUGAAUUACCAAAAAAUGAUUCAACAAAAAAACAUUAUAUACAUGGUGUUUUUAAUAAACGUGUAUGGGAUAGUUCAACAGAAAAUGGUGAUACUGUUGUUUUUAAAUAUCAAAGUCCAGAUGGUGAAAAUGGAUUUCCUGGUCAGGUUGACGUCACUGUCAAAUAUAUACUAACAAAUGAUUAUCGAUUAACACUUGAUUUUCAUGCAACAACAACAAAACCAACACCCAUAAAUAUGACAAAUCAUAUUUAUUUUAAUCUUGCCGGAGAUGUAAAUAUUAAUAAUCAUUAUAUGUUUAAUACAGGGUGUUCCGAAAGUCCGGACCAAUAA